GCGUGCUACGUCAUGACGCAGCAUCAGCUGUUGACAGACUGAAGCUCCCUUCAAUCUCGACCUCCGGGGCUCUGCACGCACACACUGAACCUCUGCUGUCACUGUGGCCGUGUUUUAAACCCACAUGCUGUUUGUCGACCGCCCGGUAACGGAGCGUAUGCUGCCAUGAGUGCUUUGUGUCGCCUGUUCCAGAGAGGACUGCUGAGCGGCCGGCCGUCGUGUCGUUUAUUCCCCGGACAGCAGGAUGUGUGCGGGGGGGCUGCUGCGGUCCGGACAGCCAGCUCAUCCAGCCCAGUCAACUUGACCUAUGAUGUCUUCGAUGGGAAGGGAGAGAGCACUCCCCUGGUGUUUCUUCACGGCCUUUUUGGCAGCAAAUCUAACUUCCACUCCAUAGCGAAGUCCUUGGUGCAGCGCACAGGUCGAAAGGUGCUGACUGUAGAUGCCCGUAACCAUGGCAACAGCCCACACAGCUCAGCGUUGACCUAUGAAGCGAUGACCAAUGAUUUGAAACACCUCCUCGCCCAGCUGCGCAUCGAGAAGUGCGUCCUCAUUGGCCACAGCAUGGGAGGGAAGACUGCCAUGGCGACCGCCCUGAUGCAGCCUGGUUUAGUGGAGAGGUUGGUGGUGGUCGACAUCAGUCCAGCCCAGACAACCACACGCACCAACUUCCGCUAUUACAUCCAGGCCAUGCAGGAGAUGAAGAUUUCCAGUGACAUCCCACGCUCCACCGCCAGGCGGAUGGCUGAAGAUCAGCUGCGCAGUUUGGUCAAGGAGCGCUCAGUGCGUCAGUUCUUGCUGACUAACCUUGUGGAGAACAACGGCCAUUACGCCUGGAGAGUCAACUUGGAGGCCAUCUCCGCGCACCUUGAGGACAUCAUGAGUUUCCCCAGCUUUAACACCAUCUAUGAGGGACCUACACUGUUUUUGGGUGGAGCCAGUUCUGCUUAUAUCAGCUCUGAAGAUUACCCAGAAAUCCAGAGGCUGUUCCCAAACGCUGACAUCCAGUACAUCCCAGACGCGAGCCACUGGAUCCACGCAGAUAAACCCUUAGAUUUCAUCAGCUCCAUCAUCUCCUUCCUUCAGUCCUAGCUGCCUCCCGCCCUGCGCCUCUGAACUGUUUUAUGCUUGGCACCUCUGAGCAUCCCCUCCCCCUUUUUUCAGCAAGAGCGAGUGGAGUCAUUAAUGAUGCUAAUAGAUGCCAACACUGGACCAAACUCACCCUUUUACAGCAGUCAGUUCUUAUCUGUAAACAAACUUAGCUCAGUGUAGGUGAACUUUUCUUUUGUUUAGUCUCUCUGCCAGACAGGUAGUGUUAUUAGAUUGACUGGUUUCAGUGGUUCAAUGGUUUUUAGAUCAGUAGAGAAUAGAAAUGAAUAUAUCUCCAGUGUAUCAUAACAGGGCUGUUUUUGGAGGUAAUGUACUAAUCCAAAGAAACUCUAAUUUGCACAGUGCUUUCUUUAUGUUGAGACAUUUAUGCCAGUAUAAUAGUAAUGUUUUAGGCCAAGUACAAUCUGGGACUGCUGGCCAGCAGUGAGAUAGGUAAGAUAUAAAAGUUUUGACAGCACUGGAAUGAAACAUAUUGUAUCUGAUAAAUGAGGAGUGUGCACAAGGGAGUUUUGUUAUCAUGUGUCAGGGGUUCGGAGCUCUGCAGAGAGGCGGUAAUGCAGACUUUACACUUUUUUGUAGAAACUUAUUUUAAUGUUAAUAAUAGUGAUAUUUUCAAUAUUUUGGAACCUUAUGUCCUCUCCUCUGUGUAUGUCCUGCACAUCAGAUGAUGAGGAUUUACAGGUUGGUAACUUUGUCACAACUUAAUGUCAUCGAGAGCGCUGGUUAUGUUUAAUAUUUUCUUUUAUGCCAACAUAAUCCUCCUCAAAAACCAAGCUGAAACACUCAAAUGCAGUAUUCACAAUCGGUUUCCUGAAUAUCUCAGGUUACAACUGGAUAUGCUAGUUAUUGUACACUCAUACUAUUCUUGUGUCUGUCUGGCAACAAGCUGUGGUAAUGUUGUAAUGUCUUCGUAUUUGUUCGGUCCAGUUAGUGUUUUGAUGAAACAUGGUUUGCCGUUUUAUUACCUGUAUCUCUAUCUCUUUACAAAUAAGGCGCCAUGCUCUAUGGGUAUCUCACACAUAUAUGCUGCAACAAUGUAUGUUGUUAUCUUAUCGUAAUAGUGUUAAUAUCUCUUCUGUUUCUAUGGGUUUGAACAGUAUGGUCCACAGUAGUGAAACUGCCAUCUGUAUGAAUAAGCAGGGUGUUGUAAAUUUGUAUGUGCCUCUUUUAUCGAGAGCUCCUUUUCCAUGUCUGUAAAACUUGAUAAAACAAUUUUAUUCUACAAUACUAACUAGCAGACUUUAGAUUGGCAGCUGGGUUGCCAGUUCUGUGUGAAUUUUGAAUUAUGGCGCUAGAUGUUUACUGCAAUUAGUGUUUUAUGUUCUUUUGAUGCGAGUACAGAAGUCUAAAAGGCUUUGAAUAAGCAGAGUUAAGUUGAGUGAAACUCCCCUUAUUUUAUUCAUUUGGUCAAGCUCCAGUUCAUGGAGAAGCACUACACAGCUCUCUUCACCACAGGGCAGACAUGUCUUGUUGCACAAUAUGAAUGGAUUGUCGCGGGGGGUUGGCGUCACUGAUAUUUCAGUGCAGACCCUGCUUCAGCUUCUGUAGUGUUGCAGUGGGAUAAGAACAUGUACAAAAAAGAAAAAUGGAGAACUCAAUAUAGAAAAGUGAAUUUAUUUGACCACGUUCAAAAAGCCGUUUGACGACUGUAAUCAUCUGUUGAGGAUCGUUUAACUAUGAGCAUGCCUUUUCUCUCGUCAUCGGGUGUAACUUUGCUGUGCUAUAUACAGUACAUCUCCGUUUGUUGAACAUGUUGCCACAGUGGUGGCGCUCAUUCUAGAUAAGGCCAUAUAUAAAUAUAAAUGUGUGAAAGAUGCAUAUAGGAGUGGAUUAUAUAUUAUUGAAAGUGUACAAACUAAUAUUCUACAAUAAAACGUUGAAAAUCUCAAACAAAGUUUAUUCAUUUUCUUUUCAUUCAUGAAACUGUAUCAAGCAAAGGUGCAUCUGAUCUAAAGUGAUGUAGUGACUCAGCAGGAGAAGAAUUUUAUUUAUUUACAACACGGCAGCUAUGUGAUAUAUUCAGGAAAUGAAGUGUGAGGCUUUACAGUAUCAACAAUUGGAAUGGCUCAUUCAUAAUCAUAUUUCAAACA